AUGGAGUGCAGUGCAUCAGUUGGAGGUAUUCUUGCGAAGACUGCUUUUGCUGGAAUUUCGAGAGUAAGAAGUAGAGUUAGAACAAAGCAGUCUGUACUUAAAACGGCUACAACUAUCAGGGCAUUUCAAUCUCAAAAUGCUCCCCAUUCUUCUUCUUCUUCUUCAUUGUAUGAUGUUCUCUGUGUCUCUCCCGACGUGAGUGAGCGUGAUAUAAAGAGCGCAUAUCGUCGGAUGGCUCUUAAAUACCAUCCUGACGUCUGCCCUCCUGCAGAGAAAAAAGAGUGUAGCAAAUUAUUUCUUCAAGUCCGGGAGGCUUAUGAAACUCUGUCGGAUCCUCUGCUCCGACAGGAUUACGACUGGAGAGUGCAGAACUUGUUCACUGUAGGCGAUUACGAAGGCAAAUUAGCGAGUAGUCAUGUGUGGGAAGCUCAGGUGAUGGAGCUGAUAAAAAAGAGAGCAGCUUAUAAUUCAUCAUCUUGGGGUAGCAGAAUGAGAACACGAAACCAAUAA